AUGUGGGAUGGGUUCAAACCUCGGCCACCCCUGGGGCCACCCCUGGGGCCACCCCUGGCUACCAGGACAUCGCGACCCACCCUCCGUGACACCACCAGCCUGGCCUUGGGGACAUUGCAAAUCCUGUCCCCUGUGACUGGGGGGCUCAGGGCAGGGGACACGGUGGGGACGGACCCUGGGGAUGUGGCAGUGCCACCUCUGUGUCCUCCAGAGCCACUGGAGAACGACUCGGAGCCGGGCAAGGCUGGCACAAAACCCCGGAAAGCCGCGCCCGACCUGGAGGAGCUGGACCUGGGCACGGCAGGUAAAGGUGCCGAGUGGACAUCGUGGUUCAACAUCGACCACCCGGGCGGUGACGGUGACCACGAGAGCCUGGCAGCCAUCCGCUUCUACUACGGUGCCCGCGUGUGUGCCCGCCCGGUGGCCAUCGAGGCCCGCAGCACUGACUGGCAGUUGCCCGAGGCCCUGGGCCAGCUGGUCCAUGCCAGCCCCAAGCGCGGCUUCCGCUGCCUGCACCGCGAGCAGCCCCCGGGCACGGCCUGUGCCAACUACCACGUGCGCUUCCUGUGCCCGCUGGAGCCCACCUGGACGGAAUGGGGUUCUUGGGGUCCCUGUUCCCGCAGCUGCGGCAGCUCCGGAAAGCGCGUCCGGCGCCGGAGCUGCAGAACCUCCAAGAGCCCGCCGUGUCCCGGCCGUGCCACCGAGACGCAGAAAUGUCCCCCGUCACCUUGCCCAGGUAACACCCUCAGGUGCUCCCCAGGUUGCCCCGGGCACACGCUGCAUGGCACCGUGGUGACAUCCAGCGGGGUGGCACUGCCCGAUGCACGCAUCUACCUGGAUGGCCAGCCGGACGUGCUGCUAGCCCGCAGCGAUGCCCAGGGGCGAUUCACGGCCUCGGGGCUGUGCCCCGGCCCCGCCGCCAACCUCAGUGCCCACCGCGAUGGCUUCGCCCCGGGGCUGGCACCGAUUAUCACCAACGGCUCAGGCGUGGCCGUGGCGCACCUGAGGCUGCGGCGGCUCGAGAAGCCCUACAUGGUGCUGCACCCCGCGGCCAAGGUGCGGGAAGCCGGGCAGGACGUGACAUUCUGCUGCAAAGCCUCGGGCACCCCCGCGCCCCAAAAAUAUUUCUGGUAUCACAACGGGACGCUGCUGGAGGGGCCAGCUCAGCGCACCAGCGGUCGCCUGGAGCUACGGGGGCUGGCACCGCAGCAGGCUGGCACCUACCACUGCAAAGCCAGUUCCGAGGCCGGUGCCAUCCGCUCAGCGCCCGCACAGCUCACCGUGCUGGCCCAGGGCCAGCAGAGCUGCAGGGCGGAGCCGGAGCCCAGCCUGGUGGAGUUGCCCAGCGAGUGCCCGCAGGAUGCCAGCGGCUCUCGCUUCUACAACGUGGGGCGCUGCCCGGCCUCGCCGUGCCCGAGGGGUCCCGCAGAGCCCGGGGGGUGCGGGGAGGAGUCGGGGCGCUGCUGCGGGGUGCGCAGGAUGGAGCUGCGGGAGGUGCCGUGCGCCGGCUCCGUGCUGCCGGUCAAGGUGGUGGCCGAGUGUGGCUGUGGGCCCUGUGCCCAGCCCAGGGUGCUGGUGCAGGGCCGGGUGACGGCGGCGGACACCGGGGAGCCGCUGCGCUUCGGCCACAUCUUCCUCGGGGCGAGAAAAGUGGGGUUCACCGGCUACCAGGGCUCCUUCACCAUCGAGGUGCCGCCGGACACGCGGCGUUUGGUCACUCGCUUUGUGGACGGCCAGCAGCGCUUGGUGGACACGGUCAAGGUGCUGCCCUUCGACCGGCGAGGAGGAGCCGUGUACCAGGAGGUGAAGAUGCUGCGAAAGAAGGAGCCGGUGGAGCUGGACGGUGGCCAGAGCAACGCGAUCCCUCUGGGAGAAUCCGGCGGUCGGGAGCCCGUCGGGGAGCUGGUGCUGCCGGCCGGAGUUUUCCUCCGGCCAUCCGGGGAGGUUUUUAACGGCACGGUCAAAGCCAGCGUCACCUUCGUGGAUCCCAGGGACAUGGCCACGGCCAGCGCAGCCUCCAGCGAUCUGAGCUUUGCUAACUCCGAGGGGGAAAUCGUCCCCCUGCGCACCUACGGGAUGUUCGCCGUGGAUUUCCGAGAAGGAGACAGCGGCGCGGCGCUGCAGGCGGGGCUGGUGCAGGUGAGGAUGGACGCGGGGCAGGUAUGGAUGGCGGAGCACCUGGACAAGAUGAAGUUGUGGUCCUUGAACCCCGAGAGCGGCCUGUGGGAGGAGGAGGGCGUGCUGAGGCCGGCCGGGGGUAGCCGGAGGAAAAGGGAGGAGAGAACAUUCCUGGUGGGCAACCUGGAGAUCCGCGAGCGGCGCCUCUUCAACCUGGACGUGCCCGAGGAUCGCCGCUGCUUCGUCAAAGUCAGGGCUUACAGCAACGAGAAAUUCAACCCCUACGAGCAGCUGGAAGGGGUGGUGGUCAGCCUCAUCAACUUGGAGCCACAGCCCGGCUUCCCCAGCAACCCGCGGGCUUGGGGCCGCUUCGACAGCGUGGUCACCGGUCCCAACGGCGCCUGCUUGCCCGCUUUUUGUGAUAGCCAGCGCCCCGAUGCCUACACGGCCCUGGUCACGGCCACGCUGGGUGGCGAGGAGCUGGAAGCAGUGGCUUCCAGCCCUAAGCUCAACCCUAACGCCGUGGGGGUGGCGCAGCCCUACUUGGGCAAGCUGGGCUACCGGCGCUCGGAUCACGAGGACGCGGCGCUGAAGAAGACGGCGUUCCAGAUCAACGUGGCCAAACCCGACCCCAACAACGUGGACGAGAGUAACGGGCCCGUCUAUUCCUACCGGAGCCUCCGGGAGUGCGAGGAGGCGCCGGUCAGCGCCAACCACCUGCGCUUCUACCGCGUGGAGGUGGACAAGUACGAGUACAACGUGGUGCCCUUCAAGGAGAGCGAUGUCACCUCCUGGACCGGUGACUACCUGGCGUGGUGGCCCAACCCACAGGAGUUCCGGGCGUGUUUUAUCAAGGUGCAGCUGGAGGGGCCGCAGGAGUACAUGGUGAGGUCGAGGAAUGUCGGGGGCAGCCACCCCCGCACUCGGGGACAGCUCUACGGGCUGCGGGACAGCCGGAGCGUGCGGGAUCCGCUGCUGGACAACACCUCGGGAGCCUGCGUGGAGUUCAAGUGCGGCGGGAUGCUCUUCGACCAGAACCUGGUGGACAGAACCCUGGUGUCCAUCAUCCCCCAGGGCAGCUGUCGCCGCACGGCCAUCAAUGGGCUACUGGGGGACUACCUGAGUCGCCACCCACCGCUGGCCGAGAACAACCACACGGGAGCUUUCUCCAUGCUGGCCCCUCUGGACCCGCUGGGUCACAAUUACGGCAUUUACACCGUGACGGACCAGAACCCUCGGCUGGCCAAGGAAAUCGCCAUCGGCCGCUGCUUCGCGGGCACCUCGGAUGGAUUCUCCAGGGAGAUGAGAGCGGGUGAGGGCACGGCCGUCACCUUCAGCUGCCAGGAGCGGCCACCGGGCAGGGAAAGUUUCUUCCAGCGCCUGCUGAUCGCUCCGGCUGAGGCGCUGGAGGAGAUCCGCAGGGAAAUGGGGAGAUCCGAGCUCCGCCGCGCUCCCCCCGAGGUGAUGGACUUCGCCUCCGGAGCCCCCGGACCCACCCGCAGGACCCCCAGUAGCCAGCGGAGACCGGGCCGGCUGAGGGGACAGCGCUGA